UGUACUAGUAUAAUUUAGGGGUUAUACUUUUUGGGAUUCAGGGAGUAUUGUAUUAUUUUAGGGUUAGUCAAGCGUUCAGUUUUAUUGUUUGCUCAUGUGUAUCCAGGGAUGCAAUUUGGUAUUUUAGUUAAAUUGAUUCUACUUGAGAUUUGCAGGAGUCUGUAAACUGUUUUUCUCGUGUUUAGUUUAUUUAUUAGAAACUCUUUUUGUUUUCCCUUUUCGAAUACUAGUCUCACUGUUAAUUAAUGGUUUCUGUGAUCAAAUCUGAAACCAAGAGUGCUGGGGCAAAGCAGAUGUGGGAUAGAUGAUGAUGAUGAGAUGCGAGACAAGAAUGAAGGUAUGACAAGAGAUUGCCUGAAACUUGCUGAGGAUAUACUUUCAAUAUUUUCUGAAGGUGACAACAGGGGCAGGGAGCACAAGCUUUCAAUAUUUGCUGAGGAUAUACUCUCAAUACGAGAUACUGCUCUUGCUAAUGACGCCCUAAGUCGUUUCCUAAAAGAGUUCAUCCUUGUCGAGGAACUUUUGGGGGAAGGGAACGUACAAGUCUUGGUUUCCACUGCAACCCUUGCUAAGGGGGUUUGGUUCAAACUUGUGCAGAAUGAAUUUGAGGUUUAUGCACCUUGGGAUAUGGAUACUUAAGUGAUUUCCAUCCUCAUCUUUUUCUUCUUAAUCUUUGCAUAUACUGGAUUUGGAAAACGAUCAAGGAGUUUAUGGUUCAGAUGUUUUGUUUGAGGUCAAAUUAGUACAGUUACCUUUUGGUUUGGGU